CCCCACUCAUCUCAUCACCAGCUCCAUUAACCGAACAAACCUUUCCUUAGCAAAAGCGAAAGAGCAGAGCAGCAAGAAAUCAGUCGAGCACCUACGACGUCGCAGCCUUCGCGGCCGUGUUGCUCGCUCCGUUCCGGCGGGCAGUGCCACUACAUGACUACAAUGGCGACGCCUAAGGCGUUGAGGAAGGCGUCGAUCGGCAGGAAGGCGUGGCGGCUGCUGCGCCUCGCGGUGCUCUGGGCGCGGAAGGGGAGCGCCGCGCACAGCCUCCGCCUGCUCAAGACCCUGCGCCACGGGCGGCGCAAGGACCAGCUCCGGUACGGCGAGCGCGAGUUCUCCAUCGACGAGACGCCCGCGUUCCGGUUCCGCACCCCGUCCGCGCGCGUGCUCCGCUUCAUCCCCUGCAUCGCCCCCGCAUUCCCGGACACCCCCUGCGUCUACGGCGAGGACCGGUACUUCUUCUGCGACGACGCCCGGGACAGGGACGGCGGCGAGGGCUGCGUCGGAGACUACUACGACGACGAUGGCGAGCCGAGCGAGUGCGGCGUCCAGGAUGAGCAGCUGCUCGAGCGGGCGAUGAUGGAGGCCAGCUGCGGGGACGUGGAGGCGGCGGAGGGCGGCGAGGACGCCGGGGUGGACGUGAAGGCGGACGAGUUCAUCGCCAAGUUCUACAAGCAGAUGAAGCUGCAGCGACAGAUCUCCUGGCUGCAGUACAACGAGAUGAUGCACAGGAGUGUCUGCUAGCUAGAUGAUGCGCGCUAGUUAUAUU